GUCUGAUGGGGAUUCUUCUAAUUUGUAAAUUUACUUGUACUGAAAAUGGUCCAUACAGAUUUUUCUUCAUUUAGUAUCCUGAGCCUGUUCAAUCAGUAUCCUCAGGUUUUUUAUAUUUAAUGUUGCAAAAAUAGUUAUUAACAGAUGUGUGUUUGUUUUUAAAGAUUCAGAUAAAUCUCAUGGAAUCGGAUGACUCAAACUUAGGUAGCGAAGAGGAGUAUAUUCCAAAUCCCAUGGAUGAAAGCACAGAAAGUGAUAGCAGUAUGGAAUUAACCCUGGAAAAGGAAAAAAGAACAAAGGUGCAUCAUCCAGUCAGAGCAAGUUUAAGCCCAGAGAGAGAGGAAGUAGAUCCUCCAGAGAGAGUGGAAGCGAGUCCUCCAGUCAGAGCAAGUCUGCAGCUUCAAACCCAAAAGUACUAAACCAGGUAAAAAUAGAGUUCAGGCAUUGUGCUUUCGCUGAACCUUCUCCAUCGGAAUAUACAGACGCGUAUUGGAAGUUCUUGAGUGUAAUGAGUCAGGACAAGAUUGCAGUUGCAAUUAAAGGAGACAACUGCAUCCUCAAUUAUGGGUUCAGGUUGUUCAAAAAGAAUGAGAAAGUCAGUCAACACCAGUAUAUACGCCAAAAACUGAGAACUUGGCAGGCUUUUAUUGGAAGCUAAAAAAAUCACACAUGUGAAGACCAUUCAAGAACUCAUCAAACCUGAACAGUACUCCCAGGUUGUCAGAGCUGCAAAGAACCUAUCUGGAUUCAGUGAGGAAACUGGCAUAUACCAAUGUCCCUCUCUUGCACGCAAGGUAGGACACAGCCUGCAUUCGUUGGCUAUGUUUAUCAAGUCCGAAGGACUGAAAAAGAAAGAUAAAGAAACCAUUAAAGAUGCUGAGGAGUUCGCACAGUUGUAUUUAGAUAGUUGGAGGUUUGAUAUUGCAGGCCAGGCAUUAACCCAGCUUAACCGGGCCAAAUGGAAUGCACCGCAACUUUUACCUCUUACACAAGAUAUCCAAAGGCUACAUUGCUAUCUAGAAGAAAACCACAGCAACAUCUCAAAGAUUUAAAAGAACAUCGUUCAUCCACAAAUUGGAAGGAACUUGCAAAAGUAACACUGACUCAAGUUAUGCUUUUUAAUCGGCGGAGAGCAGGUGAAGUGUCCCGAAUGCGCCUGUCUGCAUACUUAUCGAAGGACACAUCAGAGGAACAGGGAGAUGUAAAUUUGGCCCUCACAGCGCUUGAGCAGAAGCUCUGCAGGCAUUUUGUGCGAAUAGCAAUUGUUGGAAAAAGAGGAAGGAAGGUUCCUGUUCUUCUAACCCCAUUAAUGAGAGAAUCACUUGAUGCUCUUACUGAGAGCAGAGAAGAAUGUGGGGUGCUAAAGGACAAUGAAUAUCUGUUUGCAUUGCCACAAUCUGCCCAUUACCUCAGGGCUUGACUGCAUUAGACAAUUUGUCAGUGAAUGUGCUGACAUAAAAAAUCCUCAAGCGCUAACAUCAAUUCAACUGAGGAAACAUAUUGCUACCCUGUCUACUGUUCUGAACCUCAAAACCACCGAGCUCGACCAGUUGGCAGACUUCCUUGGUCAUAAUAUCGCUGUUCACAGGAAACACUACAGGCUCCCAGAAAGCACCCUCCAAUUAGCCAAAGUAAGUAAAGUCCUCCUGGCAAUGGAACAAGGACGCCUAGGAGAUUACAAAGGAAAGAGCCUCGAUGAAAUACAAGUCGAUGUGAAUGAGACCAUUGACAUGGAGGGACCUUUAGCAGAGGACAUUGAAGAUGUCAGUAUGCUAAGAGAUGAUGGGUCAGACGAUGAGGUCAGCAUGUCAUCCACGCAAGAAUGUACCUCCACAUCACAAAGUCAAAACCAGGGAGUGUCUGCAACCGAUGUCAGUAUGCCAAGAGAAGAGGGGUCAGAAGAUGAGGUCAGCAUGUCAUCCCUGCAAGAAUGUCCCUCCACAUCACAAGUCCAAAACCGGAGUGUGUCUGCAAAAAAGAGAGGAAAACAAACAGCCAUCAAAAGAAGCUGGACCCCAGACGAGUGUGCUGCAGUGGACACACAUUUGAGGAGAUUUAUUUUAAGGAAUCAAGUUCCUGGUAAAGAAGAGUGUCAGCGCUGUAUUACUGCAGAACCUCAAGCUCUCAAACAGAGACUGGAAAGCAGUUAAAUAUUAUGUUAAAAAUCGCAUUACAGCCCUGAGAAGAAAAGUCUAGUGUGAAAGCACCUAAUGGAACUGAGGUAAAACCAAAACAUUAGAGGUAGGAUCUUAAAAUGUUUUGUCUUUGGUUGUGUUCUGUUGUAACCUUGUUGUUGUUGUAGGGGUUUGCUCAGGUUUUAUGGCUGUCCAGUGGCCAACAAAUAUACACAUUUCACAGUUCUUUAAUUUUAUUUUUUAUUUGAUGGAUGUAGGAUGGAUGUUGAAUAGAUGUUUGUUGGAU